AGAUAUAGCAUCACACAAAAUCAAUCACUCUGUGUUUUCAUUUGUUGUUCAUGCCGAACGGAUUGGUGUCAACUUGAAGAUAAACGUCUCGAAACGCUGCAAGUUGGAGAUGAUCCAAAGCCGAUCCCAAGAAGGAAGGUUAAAUCAAGUUCAUCCCAAGUUCAUCCUUGCCAUCAGACGAUAAAGAGGCGGUUCAUUCGUGGUGACAGAGGGCCAGUAGCACCCUCGUGUCUUAUCGGAUGAAUUUUGGGUCCCAAUACCUAAAGCAGAUGGCUUCAACUCCUCGUUUGGAUUUCUUUCGAGUUCAUGAUGAUCUUCGUUCAGUCAGCGCAGUCGCACACACAAUCAGUCUCUCGUUCUCGAAUGACCCGCUGAUCCGAUGGCUACGGCCUGCUGCUGCUCCAUGGAUGAGCCAGCAUACGAGCACAUUCAACUGGCAAUAUCGUCGGGUACAACGGUUCAUAUCUGAGGGACUUGUUUUUCAAUCGGCUCCGGUACAUCAGAUUGCACAUUUGUUUCCAUCAAAUCGACAGGUGUCACAAAAUUCAGCCGUGAUCCAGAAGAUACCAGACUCUCGUGAUGAAAAGGAUGCUGGCAUAGCUAUCAUGCUAUACCCGCCUUCCAGACAAAUCAAGUGGACGAUCGGAAGGCUGCUCCUAAUUGCAAAGGUUUGGUUUCUGGAUCUGAUAAGCCCAGUUACAGACAAUGGGGCAAAAGUGAAGCGCGUGGAGACCCUUAUGAAGUCUCACGAAAACUCACUCAACGCCAUCAGAAAAAGAUAUGAUGUAAACGAUCUGUGGUAUCUUGAAGUAUUAGCUGUUCAUCCUUCUCUUCAAGGCCGAGGAUUGGGCAGCAUGGCGAUGCGGUGGGUUCUGGACCGUGUUCAGGAUUCGCCGAUUUUCUUAGAGUGCACAGCGGAGCAAAAUGUGAAGUUCUAUGAGAAGCUAGGAUUUGAGGUUGUUGAAAAAGUGGAUUUGACCGAUGAAAAAGACAUCGCCAAAGUUUGGCUCAUGUUUCGACAGGCACAGAAUCUCAGUUCCUAAGUGUCGUUAUCUUGUAUGAUCCUGAUCAAUACAACGCAAUCUCCAACCCUCGCACAUAAGCAAGUUCAUGUAUGCUGGUUUGCUCAGGGCUAGAUAUCCACCAUUCCUCGAUGAUUUCCGACAAGAUCUGCAAGAGUCGCUCAUUCCCAGGCGGGUCAUGAAGGUUGUCACCCCAGCCUUUGAUCAAGGCUUUCAGAAAUGGUCUUUCAUUCAUGAUAUGGGAUUCCAAUGAAGCAACAGUCAGAGGGUAGAAGACCGCAUUCAGAAGCAAAGUACCUGCUCCCUCAGGCUCCUUUGUCGCUCUGA